UAUUUUGGUACAUACUCGUGGUGCUUUACCAGUCGACGUCUCUCAACUUGUCUACUUGUGGAGAGUUUAACCAUUUUUCACUCUUUUCCAGGAAAAAAAAAAAAGGUGUUGAAAAUUCUUCUUUUUUGCUUUGUUGAUUCCUUCUCUUUAUGUUCUCUAAACAAAACCUAUCUCUAAAUCUUAGCAUCAGCAUUUCAUUACAAAUAUAAAAAUGUAUUUCUAUUUUUCCACUUUCAUUAUCCUUAAUAAAUAUAUACGCCUUGACUUUUUGUUUGAUUAUCUUGUGAUAUUUUAAGGUUGUAGAUCUAACUCAAAAUCUUUGAACUAACUUCUGUUUUCCUUUAUUUCUAUCUUUAUUUGAUCCGUUGUAGCUGUUUUCUUUCUUCUUGUUGUUGUCUUCCUUCAGAAAAGCUGAAACUUUUAUGUCAAAUUUAGUUUCUUUGGAUGUGUGAUCAGAUACCCAUUUCUCAAAUCAGUAAAAUCUCACUCUUUAACUUCAGUUUUAUCCAAUUCAUGUAAUUUAAUCUUCUGGGUAUAUCUCCUUCUUCAUGUUUUCUUACUAAAAUUAGGGUUUUGUUAAAAAAAAUUCCCCUUUUGGUCACCCCUUUUAGAAAGCAACAUGGAUUACAGUAGAGAAAAUGUAGUUCAUGUAAUUCCGACAAAUGGACCUGAUAAUUGGGUUCCAAAUUCGACUGACCCCUCAGUUUGGGCAACAGAAGAAGAUUACCGUGUUUGGAACAACCAAGAAACCUCCAGCGACACACCUUCGAACUCUAGCUACGACCAAAGACAUCCUCAAUCACGGUCCAAUUCCGAACAGCCACCAAACAAGAAAUCAAGAAAUUCCCAGGAAUUAAAUUCCAGGUCCAAAGCCAUAGGUAAAAUGUUUUUUAAGACCAAGCUUUGUUGCAAGUUCAGGGCUGGCACUUGCCCUUACAUUACAAACUGUAAUUUUGCUCAUAGCAUUGAAGAGCUUCGACGACCACCUCCUAAUUGGCAAGAAAUAGUUGCUGCUCAUGAAGAAGAGAAAGGGAUUUUGUCAGAGCCAAGAGAGGAAUAUCAGAUUCCUUCUUUGGGGUCUUCUAGUUUUACGGGGGAAACACAGAGGUCAUAUAAGGGAAGGCAUUGCAAGAAGUUUUAUACGGAGGAAGGGUGUCCUUAUGGUGAUAGCUGCACGUUUUUGCACGAUGAACAGUCGAAGAAUCGAGAGAGUGUAGCUAUAAGUUUGGGGCCUGGAGGAUAUGGUGGUGGCGCGGGAGGAGGAGGAGGAGGUGGUGGUGGUGGUAGCGGCGGCGGUGGUGGUGGUAAUGGGAAUGGAUCGAAUGCAAAGCCGUCUAAUUGGAAGACAAGGAUUUGUAAUAAGUGGGAACUUACUGGGUACUGCCCAUUUGGAAAUAAGUGUCAUUUUGCUCAUGGAGUUGCUGAAUUACACCGAUAUGGAGGGGGCCUUGUGGAUGUAGAAACUAAGGAUUCUUCUGCUACCCCUUCUGACACAAAGCAAGGGGGAGGAGUGCCUUCAAAAACUCCUGCUGAUACUGCAGCUGCAUCAGUCCCUUCAGUUCCACUUUCCGAUGUUUAUCAUCUUGGAGUUCCUUCACAGAGGACAUCUAUUGUACUCCAGAGACCAGGACAAAGAACUCUUCAGAAAUGGAAGGGUCCAGAUAAAAUCAGUCUGAUAUACGGUGACUGGAUUGAUGACAUUGAAUAAACUCUGUUCUUUCAAGUACUGAGGAAAAAAAAAAAAAACAGAGAAGAGAUGAGUGCUGAAAUUCUGGCUGGGAAAGUGAAUAGUUUAGAUAUAUUCCUAGGACAGUAGGGUCAUGUACCCUCAGCUUAUACUGGCUGGAAAUAUGACGCUUGUAUGACUGGCUGUAGAAUUUGUCCUUGUUAUCAAUUGCUGUAAGUUAUUAGAUGACCCUUUUUAAUCUGAAAACUGAAAAGAAAAUUAUACCACUUUGUUAAAGUUAUCAUUUUUGUUCUUA